CAUGGAGGGAGGCGCGGCGCCCGGCCGCCCGUGACGCGCCGCUGCCCGGCCCGCUCGCGGCGAGCCCGAGCCGCCCGCGGCCCCGCGGCGCGAGAUGAGCAGGUCCGCAGCGCUGCUGCUCUGCCUGCUGGGCUGCCACGUCUGGAAGGCGGUGACCAAGACGCUGCGGGAGCCCGGCGCCGGAGCGCAAGAGGUGACACUGAAGGUGCACAUUAGUGACGCCAGCACCCAUCAGCCCAUCACAGAUGCACUCAUAGAGAUCUUUGCCAACCAGGUCUCUAUCGCCUCUGGCACAUCGGGGACGGAUGGUGUCUCCUUCAUCAAAUUCCAGUAUAAGCUGGGCAAUCAGUUGAUCGUUACCGCCACAAAGCAUGCCUACGUGCCAAAAUCUGCCCCAUGGAAGCCCAUCCGAUUACCCGUAUUUUCUUCACUGAGCCUUGGCUUGCUUCCAGAAAGAUCUGCUACUCUCAUGGUCUAUGAAGAUGUCGUCCAAAUAGUAUCAGGAUUCCAAGGUACCCGGCCACAGCCUCGAGUUCAUUUCCAGAGAAGAGCCCUGAGGUUGCCUGAGAACACCAGCUACAGUGACCUGACCGCCUUUCUCACAGCCACCAGCUCCCCGUCAGAGGUGGACAGUUUUCCCUAUUUGCGAGGACUGGAUGGAAAUGGGACAGGAAACAGCACCAGGUACGACCUGACUCCAGUCACAGCUGUCAGCGUGCACUUGCUCAGCAGUAAUGGAACACCAGUGCUGGUGGAUGGUCCCAUCUAUGUCACUGUGCCCUUGGCCACACAGAGCACUCUGAGGCACAAUGCCUAUGUUGCAGCAUGGCGGUUUGACCAGAAGUUGGGAACGUGGCUAAAGAGUGGUCUAGGCCUCGUGCACCAGGAGGGCAGCCAGCUGACGUGGACGUACAUUGCCCCCCAGUUGGGAUACUGGGUAGCAGCUAUGUCUCCUCCCAUCCCAGGUCCCGUUGUAGCACAGGACAUUACUACGUAUCACACUGUGUUUCUUUUGGCCAUAUUAGGAGGAAUGGCUUUCAUACUUCUGGUUUUGCUGUGUCUCCUUUUAUAUUACUGCAGGAGGAAAUGCUUGAAACCCCGUCAGCAUCAUAGAAAACUGCAGCUUCCAGCAGCCCUUGAGAGUUCCAAACGAGAUCAGUCAACAUCUAUGUCGCACAUCAACUUGCUAUUUUCUCGCCGGGUGUCAGAAUUUCCUGGUCCACUGUCUGUCUCCAGUCAUGGCCGCCCAGAGGCCCCAGGGACAAAGGAGCUGAUGAGUGGGGUCCAUUUAGAAAUGAUGUCCCCCAGUGGAGAGGGGGACCUGCAUACGCCCAUGCUGAAGCUCUCCUACAGUACCUCACAAGAAUUUAGCUCCCGGGAAGAAUUGCUGUCCCAUAAGGAAGAGGAUAAAAGCCAAGCAUCCUUUGAUAACCUGACGCCAAGUGAGACACUAGGGAAAGACUACCAUAAAUCUGUGGAGAUUUUUCCCUUAAAGGCAAGAAAAUCUAUGGAAAGAGAAGGCUACGAGUCCCCCAGCAAGGAUGACUACAGGGGUAGUUACAAUGCUAUGCUCUCCCAGCCUUUAUUUGAAAAGCAGGACCGAGAAGGCCCAGCAUCAGCAGGAAGCAAACUCACCAUUCAGGAACACAUGUACCCUUCACCUUCUUCCCCUGAAAAAGAACAACUGCUGGACCGCAGACCUACUGAAUGUAUGAUGUCGCGAUCAGUCGAUCACCUGGAGAGACCUACAUCUUUCCCAAGGCCAGGCCAGUUGAUCUGCUGUAGUUCUGUGGACCAGGUCAAUGAUAGCAUUUACAGAAAAGUGUUGCCUGCUUUGGUCAUCCCUGCUCAUUAUAUGAAACUCCCAGGGGACCAUUCCUAUGUCAGCCAACCUCUAGCUGUCCCCGACCAGCAGCUGGAUAUUGGAAGGCUCCAGGCUGAGCUCUCCAACCCUCAUGCAGGGAUCUUCCCACACCCAUCCUCUCAGAUGCAGGGCCAGCCCUUGUCUUCCCAGGCCAUCUCUCAACAGCACCUGCAGGAGGCGGGCACGCGGGAGUGGAGCCCUCAGAAUGCAUCCAUGUCAGAAUCCCUGUCCAUCCCAGCCUCCUUGAAUGAUGCAGCUUUGGCUCAGAUGAACAGUGAGGUGCAGCUCCUGACAGAGAAGGCACUGAUGGAACUUGGGGGUGGGAAGCCUCCACACCCACGAGCAUGGUUUGUCUCCCUGGAUGGAAGGUCCAAUGCUCACGUUAGACAUUCAUACAUUGAUCUCCAAAGAGCUGGAAGAAAUGGAAGUAAUGAUGCCAGUUUGGACUCUGGUGUGGAUAUGAAUGAACCAAAAUCUGCCCGCAAGGGAAGGGGAGACCCUUUGUCUCUCCAGCAGAGCCACCCACCUGUCCAGGAGCACCAGCAGAAAGAACCCAGAGCCCCAGACAGCACCACCUACACGCAGCUCGUGUACCUCGAUGACAUGGACCAGAGUGGCAGUGAGUGUGGGACCACAGUCUGCACCCCUGAGGACAGUGCACUGCGAUGCUUACUGGAAGGCUCAAGCCGGAGGAGUGGGGGUCAGCUGCCCAGCCUGCAGGAGGAGACGACCAAACGAACUGCAGACGGCCCCCCAGAGCCAUUAGCCAGUCCUCAACAGAGAAGAUCUGCUCAUGAUGAAGACGAAGAGGAUGAUGAUGAUGACGACCAAGGAGAGGACAAGAAAAGCCCCUGGCAGAAACGGGAGGAGAGACCUCUGAUGGCUUUUAACCUCAAAUGAGCCAUCUCUGAGCCAGCCAACUGUGGAAUAUAAAAUUGCCAAAUAUCCUUUCUUCCGGAAGUGUGGACCUGUUUGUGGAGGAAGCUGAACAACAACAUGAAGUGGAUGUUUACUGCAUUGACAUUGCUGUGUCAGUGGUGGAAAGGAAUCAAAGUUAUUACUCAGAAAAAAGGAUGACUGGUGGAUGCUGGCCCUCCAGGCUAAUGGCUGGAGAAGUGUCUGAAUGUCAGUCCACAGACUUGACAUGUCCACCACCAGGGACGCUAAAAAAAACACACAUGAUAUUACUAUGCUCCAAGGAUCACCUCAGUUCUCCCUCAGAUUCUGGGAACAGAUGAAACUCUUUUUGCAUUGCUUGAAUCCAUUUUAUCACGAUAAUGCUACUGUGAAGCUAUUACUGAGAAAUUAGGUGGGCACUUAGUGUCCCCAGAUAGGCAUUAUCUCACAGGAAAGCUAUGCAUCGCUGCUUCGUUGUCUUGGUUUUGCUUAGAUUUUGCUUUGGUUAGCUUUCAUUUUGGGGUUUGCUUAUUUUUUUUGAGUACAAUUUGGUUGUAAAAAUUUUCUUCCCUCAGUUUAAUCUGUUCUGGUUCUCAGUGGUUUAUUUCAGUGUCUCCCUUCAGGAACUCCUAGGUGUCAUCUCUUAACAUCUAAGCCUUUUAAUGAAACCAUACUGAAAUUUUUAUCAGCUAAGAGUCUUUCAAUUCUGGUCCCAUUAACUCCAAGUGCCUUUUUUACAGUGACAACAGACAGUCCCUCACUUUUUUGCUUUUUUCUUAACCCCUUUAAUUGAACUGCCUGGAUUUUAUAUAAAGUUAUUAAAUGAUACCCCUUUUCUUUAAACUGCAUGUUGCCAAGUGCCAUUCGUGCUCAGCAUUCUCACUUCAACACAGUGUACUCUCUAGUUAUCAUGUGUAACGUGGGUUCUGUUUAGCUAAGAUAGACUAGAGGGCACGUUAGAGAUACCCUCCCCUCCUCCAUUCCUUUGGCCGCUAGCCACCAUUAUGGUUUUACUGGCUGUUUGUAUAUACGGUUACGUAUUAACUCUGGAAUCCUAUGGGCCCAUCUUGCUCACCAAACGGGAGACUAUGGAUUGAGCAAGGGGACUGAAUGUGACUAUUAAAAAAAAAUCUUAUGUACUAUCCGAAAGUGCCAGAAUGACUCUUCUGUGCAUUCUCCUUAAAGAGCUGCUUGGUUAUCCAAAAAUGAAAAUUCAAAAUAAAC